AAGGAUCCAGUCCAGAUUAAUAUAAGAGUACAACCCGUGGUACGACUUCUUCCUGGAUCAUCUCCAUUUCCUCGACGAACACAAUGGUCUACCUUCCUCGCCAACCUGGCCAUAGGCUGACGGCUUUUCUAACAGCCGAGCUAUCUCCUCAACAGCUCGACGCCAUCCACAAAGCCUUUGAAAGUGGAGCAUUCUCACAAUUUCCUACCCCACUUGCAGAGCUCUAUAUCAAAGACAAGCCCGAGUAUCACGGACUUACCCAUGCGGAAAUACGGAGAGCAGAGGAGCGCGAAGAGCCUUUCUUACUUAUUGAUAAGGAGACUCCGGAUGACGGCGGAAUCUGGUAUAUUGAUGACUUCGCAGGCGAAGACCAGGUUGAAGACGAACAGGCGGAGAGUACGGAUGUCUUGUGGAAGAUUCGCAUCAAGAUCGAACACGUACCAAUUCUGCAUGCAAACUAUGAUAUUGGGAACGCCGACAUUGGAGAGGAUCUCAGCAACGUCGGCGUUGAUCUUCCUAUCAAGGAAGACUUCGUGCAAGAGGAGCUUGUCACCUCAGGCAUCGACCUCGAGGAGUUCAAGUACGAACAACACUGCUGGAUUACCGCAGAACCUGGUGAGUAUGAAGAGAUAACAGACGAAGAGAUCUUGGAGACCGCGUUGCCUAAAACGGACAAAUUGUAUCGACUGAAAGAGGAUAUUGCGAAGGCGAAUGGGCUUCUUACAAGAUGGACGGCCGGGUGCGAUGCAGAAUCCACACAACUCCCCGACGGCACAACGAGGGCAUUCCCCAAAGGUAGCCUCAUCCUGCAGUUGAGGUAUAAUCCAGAUUUUCCAUGGCCUCCAUAUGUGCGUCCAGAAGGGUCUUUGUGAGCUUCAUCAUAUGUUGGUGCUAGAAUAGGAACUGUUACCUUCCCGUCACAUCCUCUCUUGAAGCUCGUUUGGAAAAGAAUUUCAACUUUCGCUCCCAUCACAUGGCCUGCUCUACUGAGUCUGUCUUUGAAUAUGACCAGAGACAUUGCGAUCGGGUGGUGCUGAUGCACUCUGAUAUCGCACCUGGCAACAUGCUCAUCUUACUGUAACGUACUUCACGGGCGAGUUGCUCACACACCCAAGUCGCUUACUUUUGCUAAGACCCCACCCUAACAAACUCUAUUAUAGCCUAUAAUAACCCGC